ACCAAACUUCAGAGCAAGAAACACAGCAGCUCAUCUCCGGCGAUCCAUAGCCCGAUAACGAAAACGAAGACUGAAUCAGCACAAUCGCCGGCGAGCGGCGGCAAUCGGCGAUGGCCGGAGGAGGAAUUGCACCGGCGCCGGCCGGAGUUGCGACGGAGAGAGCGCAGCAGUAUAAGGGAAGGGUUACGCCCUAUGUGGUCAUGACAUGCAUCAUCGCCGCCGUUGGUGGAUCCAUCUUCGGCUACGAUAUCGGCAUCUCCGGAGGGGUGACAUCUAUGGAUCCAUUUCUAGAGAAAUUCUUCCCUGUGGUGUACAGGAAGAAGAACUACCAAUCUAAGAACAAUUACUGCAAGUAUGACAACCAGGGCCUCUCCGCCUUCACCUCCUCCCUCUACCUCGCCGGACUCAUCGCCUCCCUCCUCGCCUCCCCCGUCACUCGCCGCCGUGGCCGCCGGUGCAGCAUCCUCUGCGGCGGUCUCUUCUUCAUUGCCGGCGCCGCCCUCAAUGCCUCCGCUCAGAACCUGGCCAUGCUCCUCCUCGGCCGCAUCCUCCUUGGAUUCGGGAUCGGGUUCGGCAACCAAGCCGUCCCACUGUACCUAUCCGAAAUGGCCCCCGCCCAUCUCCGCGGAGCCCUAAACAUGCUCUUCCAACUCGCCACCACCUCCGGCAUCUUCUCCGCCAACAUGAUAAACUACGGCACCGGAAAGCUCCACCCAUGGGGGUGGCGCCUCUCCCUCGGCCUCGCCGCCUUCCCCGCCCUCCUCAUGACCGCCGCCGGUCUCCUCCUCCCCGAAACCCCCAAUUCCCUCAUCGAACGCGGCCAAACCGACCGCGGCCGCGCCGUCCUCCAACGCAUCCGCGGCACCCAAGGAGUCGACGCCGAGUUCCAGGACAUCGUCGAGGCCAGCGAGCUCGCUAACUCGAUCCGAAACCCCUUCAGGAACAUAAUGGAGAAGAAGAACAGGCCGCAGUUGGUAAUGGCGGUCGCAAUGCCGGCGUUUCAGAUACUCACGGGGAUUAAUUCGGUGCUGUUCUAUGCUCCGGUUUUGUUUCAGAGCAUGGGGUUUGGGGGUAACGCGUCCCUGUACUCGUCGGUGCUGACCGGAGCGGUGCUCAUGAUGUCGACGGUGGUUUCGAUACUCACGGUGGAUCGGUUGGGCCGCCGGCCGCUUCUCAUCGCCGGCGGGAUUCAGAUGAUUGUUUGUCAGAUAAUAGUGGCACUGAUCUUGGGCCUAAAAUUCGGCGACGACAAGCAGCUGUCAAAAUCCUUCUCCAUCACCGUCGUGGCGGUCAUCUGCCUCUUCGUGGCGGCCUUCGGUUGGUCAUGGGGGCCGCUGGGCUGGACGGUGCCCAGCGAGAUCUUCCCUCUCGAAACCAGAUCGGCCGGUCAGAGCAUCACCGUGGCCGUCAAUCUCUUCUUCACCUUCGCCAUCGCUCAAUCUUUCCUCACUCUCCUCUGCUCCUUCAAGUUCGGCAUCUUCCUCUUCUUCGCCGGAUGGAUCACCCUCAUGACCACCUUCGUCUUCUUCUUCCUCCCGGAGACGAAGGGGGUUCCGAUCGAGGAGAUGGUGCUCAUCUGGAGAAAGCACUGGUUCUGGCAGAAUUUACUCCCCCCGUCUGUUUGAUGAAAUGCCGAGCCAAAAGAGGGCGACAUUGGCUGGCCGGAGUAAUGGUAUUUUGCUUAUUAUAAAUGUAUUUAAAAAAAAAUUAUUUAGAUUAAGUUGUAAAAAUCGGCAUAUGUUCAUGUUACAUGUUUCCUUUUGUAUCUUGUCUGUAGGUGCGAGAGAAAUCUAUAUAUGGUUGUU